GAAGUUAUUGGAAAUGAUGAAAUGACAUCACCACAGUUUUUUCCUGGCUUUGUUUGGUGCUUUUCCUGACCACGCCUUCCUGCCAGCUCCACCAUAAAGCAGCCAGGCCUCAGUGUUCACCAGUUGAACUCCGGUCAGUGUGGACAACAGGUGCACUGCAGCUCUCUCCGCCUCCCUGCUGGAUAAUGCCCGCAGAGAAGCGCCGCUCGUCGCUUUGCGCAGCGCUUCCUCAUCAUCUGCACUUUGUACAUUUGUACGUUUUUGUAUCCUGAUCACUUCCAGCCGCAAGAAUGCCUUUUCCGCCCCUCAACCUCCACCAGCGGAUCUCCUCUCCUGGCAGGGAUCUAUUCGGGAAAAAGAAAUCCACCGGAGUGCCUGCUCACACUGAGCUCACCAGCAAAUCCGGCGGAGAGAAAGCGGGGUCGGAUAGGGAGAAGCAAUCCUCUCCUUGGACAACCGCGAAUUUAAGGAAUUUGGGCCGUAAAGCCCAUCGAGAGAAGAGCAAAAGCCCUACUCAGAAGUCAAGUGGCGGUCAGGAGACCCAGGGAAAAAGCUCCUGGCUGUCGGUGCCCAAACCUCAGGACUCUGAAGGAGUCAGGCGCUCCAGCUCCAUGGACUCCGCCAGACACCUCCACGGAAAAGAUGAAGGGAAGAAGGAGAUCCAGUUUACCCUCAGUCUCACCCCUGAAGCCAUUCUUGUCAUCCAGAAACGAAAUCUAGAAAAGCAAAUGAUGGCAAAGCAGCAGAAGUGUUGCGCAUCCGCGGACUUUCGACACCGGCGAGUAUUUCCAUCCAAAAAGGCGCACGGAUCGUCCAAUAAGGGCUCCGCUCCUGUGGCCAAAGCGGAGAGCGUAGAGCAGGACAUCACCGCCAUCGUUAAGAUAUCUCUUUUGAAUGAUCAGUACAAGUACGACGAUGUAGAGUAUGAAGACGAGGACGGAGACGUGGACGAGACUGUUGUUAGGAAAUGUAAAGAGUGGCUUAAAGGAGUCGAGAAUGCCGCUGCUUUGGGGAAAGUCGACAAACUUUCUGCACUUCCGCACAUUAAAGGAUGCUGACACAUGACUUUUGAACUUUUUCUUUUACUGAAGAGAUGAUGGACUCAUGACAAGUGUGCACCGAUGUAGGCCUGCUGCAAUGGCAUCUUACAUUUGAGUUAUGUAAAUUAAACGUAUGCAAAUGAGGGGAGACAAUUAACUCCAGUUUGAUUCCAAAUUGUAUGGCUUAUUAACUAUUAAAUAUAUGUCAGCAAGAAAAACACUCAUUGGACGAAAUUCACAUAGAAAAGUAAUAAUUUUGACAUUGGACACACCAUUUUUUUUUUAUUGCGUGUGGCACUGUAGCCAACAGUACUUCUUAUGGGAUGUUGCUUUGAAGUUUAAAGCCUGGUCAAUGUUUGUUAAAGUUAGAACUGAACACCUUAAUAACCUCGUCCUUUGCACAUGGUUUUGU